GGACCCCGAUAAUAAACAAUCCUCAGUGCUCCCUGGUUAUACGGCCCGGAGUUUUGAGAUCAGUCCCCUGGUUUCUCUUUUGUUCUUUUUCUAUAUAGACGAAGGCAUCCAGUGCCGAGCCAUCGGUACUUUUCUGUGGUCUUCCGGCGAGGAAUCUCGAGAUAGCUUCGACCCUCUGUUCUUUGUUGCCAUGGCUUCGCUCUCGGCGUCGUCUCUGCGCGAGCCGGUAUCGGGAAACCCACCUAUCGGGAGGAUCGCCGGGUUUCCGGGAGUUAUUCGUUCACCUAGAAGGCCGAGAGUCGCGUUUCACGGCGUCACGUAUCGGGGUUUUGGAGUGGGAGUGGAGGGGGGGCGCUAUGGAGUCAUGAGGGCCGUGACGAGUUCGAAUUGGGCUGCAGAUCCUGCUGGUGUGGGUGUCCAUACAUUUCGUGUUCCCCUCUUGUCCGGCUCUGAGGUUGCAGAAAAGCUUAGAGAAUUCCAGGAAAAAAGAACUGGCGAGCAAAAUUACAUGGCCAUGUACUCUAGCAUCUUUGGUGGAAUCACUACAGAUCCUGCAGUUAUGGUGAUACACAUGGAUGAUCACCUGGUCCAUCGAGGGCAUGGUGUUUUUGAUACUGCAGCCAUAAUGGAUGGAUACCUUUAUGAGCUAGAUCAACAUUUAGACCGUUUUCUAAGGUCUGCAUCUAUGGCCAAAAUUCGUCUCCCAUUUCAGCGCUCAACCAUGAGAGGCAUCCUCAUACAAACUGUAAGUGCAUCAAGAUGCAGGCAAGGCUCAUUGAGGUACUGGCUGUCUCCAGGACCUGGUGAUUUCUUAUUAUCUCCAUCCGGGUGUCCAAACCCUGCUCUCUAUGCCAUUGUGAUUGAAGGCCAAGCUUUACCAGACCGGAAGGGUGUUAAAGUCAUUACAUCAUCGGUCCCAAUGAAAUCACCAGAGUUUUCCAUAAUGAAGAGUGUAAACUACUUGCCUAAUGCACUCUCCAAGAUGGAGGCCGAAGAGAAUGGAGCAUUUGCAGCAAUUUGGUUAGAUGAUGAAGGGUUUGUUGCUGAGGGUCCUAACAUGAAUGUUGCUUUUGUGACAUCGGAUAGAGAGCUUGUGAUGCCCCACUUCGACAAAAUUCUUAGUGGGUGCACAGCAAAACGAGUUUUGGUUCUUGCUGAACAACUUGUGGCAGAUGGGAGACUAAGAGGAAUCAGACUUGGGAGUGUAUCUGUCCAGGAAGGGAAGAUGGCUGAUGAGAUGAUGCUAAUUGGAAGUGGUGUUAUCAUGAAGCCUGUCCUGCAAUGGGAUGACCAAGUCAUUGGUGCUGGCAAAGAAGGUCCUGUGGCUCGAGCUCUUUUUGAUCUCAUUCUGGAGGACAUGAAGUCCGGUCCUCCAGUAGUUCGUGUACCUGUACCUUACUGAACUAGCUUGGCUGUUUCCCUUGUUUACUAAUUGUGGAAAAAAAUAUGGUAUGAGACCUGAACCCAUGGCCUCAUGAUAUAGAAUUGCUAUGUCUUAUCCCUUGUAAGAUCUCAAAAUUCUUGUGAUGUAAUUUUAAACAAUGCACUUUCUCCUAUCCUUUAAUUUAGAAAAUGCGAGUUUCAUUGCCUUCUCUUAUUAA